AAGAAAAAAAAAAAGAAAGAAAACUCCUAAAAAGAAAGGAACCUUGUAGCUGUUAAAAUCAAUAUAAAAAUGGCACCAAAUGCUUUAUGACUACGAGGUUCAACGGUUCUUCGCAGUUAACGUUAACGUCCGGACUGAAGGUGGUGGCUUGGCCUCGUAAUCUCCCAAGGUCAAACGGUGAAAGCUACCCUUUACGACAUCGUAUAACCAGACUAUCCGCCCAAACAAACUACGUAAAAUUCCACAGACGGAAAACGUUUAUUCGCUCUCCUCCUCCUCCACUUAACGUAGCCAACCAGGCAACCAUCUUUCCUCUUCCUCUCUCGCUCUCUGUGCCUGAAAUUCCUUCAAAACCUGAGCUUCAAUUCUUCCUUUUUUUUUUUUUUUCCGGAAAAUUCGUAAGUUUAUUGAGGUUCCUUGUGUUCCCAAUCUGUUUGAUCCAAAUUGUGAGAGGGUACCGUAGUAGUACACAUAGCUGAUUGCUUUUUGCAUGCGUUUCUGUUGAUUGGAUGAAUAAAAAGCGGCAUUUUGCGAUAUUCACCACUGCAAGCCUUCCAUGGAUGACCGGCACUGCUGUCAACCCUCUAUUCCGUGCAGCCUAUCUUGCAAAAGAUGGGGAGAGACUUGUCUCUUUGGUCAUCCCUUGGUUAUCGUUGAAAGAUCAAAAACUAGUAUAUCCCAACAACAUCACAUUCAGCAGACCUACGGAGCAGGAGGCUUAUGUCCGUCGCUGGCUUGACGAGAGGAUUGGAUUUAAAUCUGAUUUUAGUAUACUUUUUUAUCCUGCAAAGUUUUCCUUAGAUAAAAGGAGCAUCCUUGCUGCUGGAGAUAUUUCAGAAGUAGUCCCUGACGAAAAUGCAGAUGUUGCCAUCCUUGAGGAGCCUGAGCACCUUACAUGGUUUCAUCAUGGGAAGAGAUGGAAGAUUAAAUUCCGGCUGGUUGUCGGAAUCAUCCACACCAAUUAUUUGGAAUAUGUGAGAAGGGAGAGGAAUGGAAGAAUGCAAGCAUUUCUUCUUAAAUAUCUAAAUAAUUGGGUUGUCGGAAUAUAUUGUCACAAGGUAAUCCGGUUAUCUGCCGCCACCCAGGAUUAUCCUAAAUCCAUUGUUUGCAAUGUUCACGGAGUCAACCCAAAAUUUCUGGAGAUAGGCAAGAAAAAGCUAGAGCAACAACGAAAUGGAGUCCAGGCCUUCACCAAAGGUGCCUAUUACAUUGGGAAGAUGGUAUGGAGCAAAGGCUAUAAGGAGCUACUCAAGCUUUUUCAGGAUCAUCAAAAGGAAUUAACUGGACUUGAAGUUGAUUUAUAUGGAAACGGGGAGGACUCUGAUCAAGUUCAGGAAGCUGCCAAAAGAUUGGAACUGGCCGUUCGAGUCCACCCUGGUCGUGAUCAUGCUGAUCUUCAAUUUCAUGAUUAUAAAGUAUUCCUCAAUCCAAGCACAACGGAUGUGCUUUGCACAACAACGGCAGAAGCAUUGGCAAUGGGUAAAAUCGUUGUAUGUGCCAAUCACCCCUCAAACGAAUUCUUCAAGCAGUUCCCGAAUUGCCGCACAUAUGACAAUGCUGAUGGGUUUGUUAAGGUCACACAGCAGGCGCUUGCUGAAGAGCCUGCCCAGGUGACCGAUGCACAGAGGCAUGAGCUGUCAUGGGAAGCUGCCACGGAAAGAUUUCUACGGGUUGCUGAGCUAGACCAGGCAUUUACAAGGAAACCGUCAAAAAGUAAUUCGAAAAGAUUUAUGUCUACCUCAUUAGGCCUUUGGAGUAGUGUGGAGGAUGCAUCGGCAUAUGUGCAUCAUAUGGCUUCUGGUUUUGAAACAACAAGAAAGAUAUUCGGUGCAAUCCCGAAGAGUUUGCAACCAGAUGAGGAACAAUGUAAGGAGCUUGGGCUGGCCAUACCUGCAGGUAAACGAGGUUCACGAAAAUAAUGUCGUCCUUUGUUUGUAUGAUAACAUUAUUCGGGACUCUGGAGUAUCUUCAUUAUCAAUUUCAGGACAUGCUUGCUUGGCUACUGAGGUAUCCAAAUCAAUAUGUGUAAAUUGUUCCAUUUUUCCUGCCACCUGAAGUUGAGAAUCGGGUGGGAAUCAAGGAAUAAUUUAUACGAAAGACACGAGUCGAAUAAUGUUCAUAUACAUUGUUGCCUGUAACAAUGUGUUCUAUUGAGGGAGGGUAAAUUUGCAUUUGUAAUUAAAACUGCAAUGUACAUAUACAUUGUUGUGGAUUACCAUUUACAUUUAAUACGUGUGAUUACUUUGUAUUUUCCACCGCGC